UUGCGGAGGCUCUGCGUUUCAGAGAAGCAGCCUGCGCUAUCAGAAGAAACGGGGGUGUAGCGUGAUGUUCACUUUAACAGGGCACGAGGUGUACAUGGGACACAACAGAUUAUAUUAAAAAUCUAGAUUGGUCUGUUUUCGGAAAUCUGGUUUUAAACUCAGUGCUGUCAUGGAUGUUUUAUUUUCUAAACAACCCAAAAUCCACAUGAAGGUUAAAGGCAGAUUUCUUCAUCCCAGCAGCAUCUUCACAGCGCACGACAGCUGGAAUUGUGCGCUUCGUGACAUCGCCUGUGUUUGAGGAUAAUGACUGGCACACAGUAAAGCAUUUGAUAUUAUUCCCUGAAGAAGAAUGCUCCAACAAAACAACAACAAUAACCACCCUUGCUUGGAUAUGACCCAUAGAGAGCUUUUGCAUGACUGCAGAAGACCUAGUGUCUCCUUCACUAGUGCCCUUGAGUUUGGAGCUAUUCCCCUCAUUAAAGGCCUGAGAGCAUGGGCUGUAAGUGGUGGCUACUCCAAAGCCAGAAGAAAGGCUGUUGCUGGACCUCGGGGACAGGGCACAUGCCAGCAGCCUCCUGAAAACAGGGUGGGGCAAAGAGGCUGGUCAGGUCAGGUCAGCAGUGGCUAUGGCCAGACACCAGAGAGUACAUCUAGUACAACGAGAACUCCCGGGGUCAGGCAAGGUGGCCUCGGUGCACUCGUAACUGUGGCCACGCUGAAAGGCACGGAGGGGGGUGGCCGGCAGACUCAGACACGCUGCCUCUUUCUCAAAGCCCAGGGAAGAGGCAACUACAUCUGCGCCGUGGAAAACCGCGGGGCUGGGAUGAGAGUCGCAGGUGCACGGACUCACACUGUUAUUCUGGAGGGGGCAAAAGAAAAAGUUAGAUGUAUAGGACCGAGGGUGGGUCAAGAUGGGGCAGACGAAAGUGGAACGCUGAAAGCCAAGCCCAGGGCCAUAAGAAAGUGGCGAAAUUGCAGUAAAUCAACAGGCACAGCAGAAAAAAAAACAAGUAAAGGGAAAAUCACCAAUUCACCUCGUGAGCCAGAACGUGAUGACAAAAACAAUACUGUGAUCUCAGAGGAGUCAAUUAACACAACACCAGACAGAAUACCGCAAUGCCAGAAAGAAGAAGAUACAAGCCAAGAAGACACGACUGAGCUUAAAAAUGACAAAAGGGCUCAUUCACUCAUAUCAAUGCAUAUUGUUGCACCCAAAAGCACGGACACACAAACCUGCUGCUCUUCUGCCAAACCAUGUGCCAAUACCGGUGAGCAGAUCGAGGAUGGGAUGGCUAGUAGUCCAUCCGAUAAUUGUUUUGAAAAUUGUGAAAGAUCUAGUUGUGCCAAUGAUGAUCCACAGGGAGACAUUGAGAUCAGUAAAUGUGAUAAUAACCUUAAUGCAAACGAUUUUCCGAAUAUUGAAAAGAGUAACAAAGACAGAAAUUCAUGUGCCGAUGUGCCAAAUGUACCAUUUGUACUAUGUGAGACUACCCUUGAUACCUUUGAAAUAAAACCGACCACACCAAACUGUAAUACUGAGCCAAGCGUAGGCCACCCACCCAUGAAAGCUUCCUCUGAGGAUCCCGUCAACGACAUUCAUGAGAAUCAAGAUCAAGCAUCCAGGACAGAUGAGUGCUCACUGAACUGUGAGAAUCAACAUUCGGUGGAGCAUCUCACAAACCCAUCACAAAGAGGCGGGACUCCAGACGCAAGCUUUACAGUGAAGCCGGAGGGUUGCAUGGGGCACAGAUGCACUCCAGCGAGAGCUGCGAGCAACACCACUGAGAAGAAGUGGAAGCCUCCGAUGUGCUCACCUCAGCAUUGGGAGGAAUUAGUUUCAGACCGCGAGAAACUUGAAGUUCAGCAAUCUGAGAAAUCCUCUUCGCGAGGAUUUGGCACGUCAACAGCCGAUGAAACUGUAACCAGUGUUCAGUCCCAGUCUAAUCCUGCCCCUCCCACCACUGCAGCCAUAGCAACAGCCAUCCCAGCAGAGGUGGGGGCUCGAGGUGGAGACUUGCUGCCACUAGAGAACUCUAGUGACUUACCAUCAGAGCUGACACGAGACGGGGACAAGGUGGCCACGUCUCUUGAAUUGGGUGACGGGGAUGAAGAUGAGUUUGGGGCUUUCAUGCAAGCAGGUGGGAAGCAGCUCUGGACGACCGGCUUCACUGAACUUCAACAGUCGGCUUCUGGAGACGAUUACAACAGCGGAGAUCUGAAGAGUUGCACUGAUGCAAAUGAAUCUACAUCCUGGCAAUCUGAUUGGACGGGAAUCCAUCCAUUCCAGCAGUCAGAGAGCACAUGGGUGGCCUUCAGUCAAGAGUCUGUGGAGCAGAAGAAAGCGCCCGGUGGCCAGUGGUGGCCUUCUACUGUAGACAAACCAAACCUUUUACUUUCUCCUAUUCAUGAUGUGUCAAGUGUGUUUCAAGAGGCCUUCCCUUCAGAAAAGCCCUCCCGUGAAGAUCCUGAUGACAUUCCUAUACUAACACAGCUUCUGCAAGGACCAGAUGGAAAUGGCAAUACAGGGGAUAACAGGGAGAAAACCCUACUUGAUGGCCUACAGGAUCUGGACCGGAUGAUUGGUCUGAAAUGUAAGAGGGCGGAGUCUCUGUCUUGUAAACUUCUCCUUCAGUCAUUGCAUUUGCAACGUCCCAGCUCUGAAUGUGUGACGGUUCGAGUAAAGGGCAGUUCCAGAUUUUCUCCAAAUCUCCCAACGUCCAACCAGCAGUUGGCUGCGAGUGCUAAAAGAAGACUGUCUUAUGACUUUAACAGAAAUAUCAUGACUUAGUCUCCAUAUCUUCUGAAACACCUUUGAGCGAUGCUUCCCUUAAACAAGGAAAUUCAUAGAAAAGGAGCAAUUCAUGUCGGAAAAACUGAAUAACUGCUUUUCCUGCAUUGACUUCUGUUCAUAGUUCAUUUUAAGUGUAUUUCUCUUUCAAUGUCCAUUCUCACAGUAGAUUCUGUUUUCUCAUUCAGCUGUGUAUCCAGAGACACCUAUGUUUAACCACACUUUUUAGACCAUUGGGGGUUGAGUUAGGACAAAUAAUUGAUCUGAUAAAAAAACAGAUUUGGAAAAAGUGGAAGAAAAUGUCUGCAGGGCUGACUUUGGGUGAAACAAUUUGCUUUCCCAAAAUAUUGUUUUAUUACGUCCCCUGAAAAGUCUCCUUUCAAAAAAAAUGUAUUUUCACACAUGAUAUAGUGGUCCCCCCUCAAAAAGAAAUCCAUUUUCCUGUUUCCACGUAUUAUUUUCUUGUGCUUGAUGUGCUAAAUAUGAAAAUGUAGUGUGCCAUUUUUAACUAAGGGUGAACACCUACAAAUAGAGACCAUAUUUUCAGAAGUGUUUUAAAAUCAAUGUUAACGUUUUAAAUGGAGCCUGUAAGCUUGUUUGUUGAUAAAUGUAAUUAAAAAUCUGGAAAGGA